AUGGCUCCAUCAGAAACCUCCAUCCUCAGCAACUUCUUACUGUCUGCUGCGUCUUUGCCGCAAAUUAUGUCAUUGAAGCAGUUUACAGGGCUGUUCCCAAAGCGUCUGCAGUCACAUCCGCAUAUCAGGGUUCUUUACCGUGAACUACAGCAACUGCGAGAGCAAGACAUGGACAUAGUCAAUGAAAACAUUGACAAAGAAGUCCGUCUAGGGGAUGCUCAAAAGGCAGAACUCCGGAAGUCCAUUGUAAAAACAGGUGUUGAUGGCUCAGGCGCCAACGACCAACGGGAAAUGGACAUGGAUUUUCAGUUGUUUGGUCCAACGUCGGCUGGCUCUGACGAGCAGCACUCAGUCUCAAGCCUUCUCUCCGCGAUGGAGGCGGCCUGUUCUGAUAUCGAGCGUGAAAUAGCUGGAGUGGACGGAGAGGCGGCCUCUCUUUUGUCGGAGCUCAAUUCUACUGUUGGUGACCUUAGUGACCUGCGAUACGGGAAGAUGCACGGCUCAGUUGGAGCCACAGACGCAGAGGUAGUCAGCGAGGCUAUCCGGGGCCUUGAUAACCUUGAGGACGCAUGCUCCCGUAAGAGCGCUGUUUAA